AUAAAUAUCUUGAUUGCAUACUGAUACACCACUGAGUGUGUAUCUACUCCUUCGUAAAAAAAAUAUUAAAUAUUCCACAACGACAAGUUUAGCAUUCAACACGUGUCGCUGGAGUGAUGAAGAGAGAGGUUGCUAGGUGACGAGGCGUAUAUACGGAAUUUUAACAAAAUAACUGGUGAGAGGGGAAAGAGGGAGGGAGAGAGAUGUAGUCAGCAACAUGUAGGUUCGUGGAGUACAGAAAAGCUCGACACUGUUUAUCGGUGCAACGUUUAAAUAUAUAGGCUACACAUCGGGAGAUAACCCGCAGGAUAUGGUCAGAAGAGGAAUGGAUGUAUUGUGGACGGAGAGACGAGGGGAGAAGAGAGUGUCGGGCUCCUGAAAAACAGUCCCUCUUCGCCUGUGAACUGCCGCCACCACUCCGCCCACCAAACUGCGCCCCCCCUCCUCCCUCCCCCAUGGCGGCCAAGCCUGCCCUCUCCCUCCUGUUGGCCGUGCUGGCCUGCACGGGGCCCGCCCGCUCCUCCCCUCCCCUCCUGCUCCGCCCCCGGGAGAGAGAGAGGGACUUGGGCGUAGUCAACAUCGCUGUGGUCCACUCGGGCUCCUCCCUGCUCCCGGAGACGGCCGCUGCUGGGGGAACGGGCGCAACGGGCGGGCCGGGGGGGCCUCAGGGAAGGGGGGCCUCGUCGUCAUUGGCUACGGUGUCGGCGUCCGCGCCGCUGGCGUCUGCAUCGGCUGCUCUGGUGGGCGACAGCGUGAUGACGCAGUAUGGCCCGGCCAACGUGAUCUACCUGACAGUGAACGAGAGCAGCCCGGCGAGCCUUCUUCUGCAGCUGUGUGAGCUGCUGGCCACCACGCCGCUCCAGGGCCUGGUGUUCGAGGAGGAGAGGCCCCCGCCACACAACCAGGCUCCCCUGGCCCCCAUGAUGGAGUUUGUCUCAGCCCAGACCGGAGUGCCCGUUGUGGCCGUGGGAGGAGGGGCCGGUCUGGGCAGGGAGCCACAGGAGAGCGGCUCCAUCUACCUCCAGUUCACCUGCUCCACAGCCAUGCAGCUGGACGUGAUCUUCGAGGUGCUGGAGGAGUUCGACUGGACCUCCUUUUCCGUGGUGGCUACGCGUCACCACGGCUACGAGGACUUCCUGGCCAUGGUGGAGGGCCUGACGGACGGAUCCUUCAUCGGCUGGGAGAAGAAGGGAGUGGUCAUGCUCAACAUCACCGACGACCCGGGAGGGACGCGCACACGCAGGCUGCUCAAGGAGAACGAGGCGCAGGUGCGUCUCCUCUACUGCUCCCAGGAGGAGGCCGCACUGAUCUUCAAGGCGGCCUGGGCCUCGGGUCAGGCCGGACACUCCCACAUGUGGUUCGCCGUGGGGCCAGCCCUGUCCGGCCUUGGCCUGGAGGGCCUCCCCAAGGCCCUGUUCGCAGUGCGGCCGCAGGGCUGGAGGGACGAGCCCCGCAGGAGGAUCGCCAAAGGGGUGUCUGUGCUGACCCACGGAGCCAUGGCUUUGAGGAAGGAGUACGGCUGGGCUCGAGGGCCACACUACUUCGCAGGCAACUGCCAGACAGAUGGCAACCAGACGCAGAGGGUGCCAGACAGGAUCAGGUUUUUCAGUAACAUUACGCUGAGUGGCCGGGACUACUCGUUCAACAGCGAUGGCUACCUGUCUAAUCCAGUGCUGGACGUGAUUUCCUACUCCGAGGGGAAAGGCUGGGAGGAGGUUGGCACGUGGCAGAACGGUGUUCUGGAUCUCAUUAUCCAGCCCUUUUCACGCUACGGCUCCUUCCUCAAGCCGCUGGAUGACACCCAGCACCUCAAGGUUGUCACCCUGGAGGAGAGGCCCUUUGUCAUUGUGGAGCCAGCCGACCCAGGCACCAACUCCUGCAUCCGGGACUCGGUGCCCUGCAGACUACCACUCAACACCACCAAUGUGCCGGUGGAUGAGAAAUCAUCGAAGCACUGCUGCAAAGGCUUCUGCAUUGACGUCCUCAAGCGAUUGGCCAAAAUAGUGGGCUUCUCCUAUGACCUCUACCUGGUGACCAAUGGCAGACACGGGAAGAGGGGGAGUGAUGGGCAGUGGAAUGGCAUGGUCGGGGAGGUGGUUUAUAAACGGGCCGACAUGGCCAUUGGCUCCCUGACCGUCAACAAGGAGAGGUCAGAGGCUGUGGAGUUCUCCGUGCCCUUCGUGGAGACGGGUAUCAGCGUCAUGGUCUCCCGUAGCAACGGCACCGUCUCGCCGUCGGCCUUCCUUGAGCCGUACAGCCCAGCUGUGUGGGUGAUGAUGUUCGUCAUGUGCCUGUCCGUGGUCGCCGUCACCGUCUUUAUUUUCGAGUUCUUCAGCCCUGUUGGCUACAACCGCAGCCUGCAAAGUGCAAAGAAGACAGGGGGCUCUAAAUUCACCAUAGGGAAGUCUAUCUGGCUGCUGUGGGCUCUGGUCUUCAAUAACUCAGUGCCCGUGGAGAACCCCAGAGGAACCACUAGUAAGAUCAUGGUGCUGGUGUGGGCCUUCUUCGCUGUCAUCUUCCUGGCCUCCUACACGGCCAACCUUGCAGCCUUCAUGAUCCAGGAGGAGUACAUCGACACUGUGUCUGGUCUCAGCGACAAGAAGUUCCAGCAGCCCACUGAGCAGUACCCCCCGCUACGAUUUGGCACCGUCCCCAACGGGAGCACAGAGGAGAACAUCCGCAGCAACUACGCCAACAUGCACAACUUCAUGAUCCGCAACAACCAGAAGGGUGUGGAGGAGGCCAUCGACAACCUCAAGACUGGCAAACUAGAUGCCUUCAUCUAUGAUGCGGCUGUGCUAAACUACAUGGCGCGGAAGGACGAGGGCUGUAAGGUGAUGACCAUUGGCUCGGGCAAGGUGUUCGCCACCACGGGUUACGGCAUUGCCCUGCAUAAGAACACCCGCUGGAAACGCCCUGUGGACUUGGCCCUACUGCAGCUGGUGGGAGACGAUGAGAUCGACAUGCUUGAGCGCCUGUGGCUCUCUGGGAUCUGUCACAACGACAAGAUUGAGGUGAUGAGCUCCAAGUUGGACAUCGACAACAUGGCGGGCGUCUUCUACAUGCUGCUGGUGGCCAUGGGGCUCAGUCUGCUGGUGUUCUCCUGGGAGCACCUGGUGUACUGGAAGAUCAGGCAAUGCCUGGGCCACUCCGGGGGCAUGGACUUCCUUCUGGCCCUCAGCAGGGGUAUGUACAGUUGCUGCAAGUUUAAAGAUGAAACCAUCUCUGGAGGCCUAAAAAAUACACUUCCCCUAUAUCAUAGUGUUCCCACAAUGCCGCCUCCACCCCAAUCCCACAUCUCCGCGGCUGUAACCUGUAACACUACCCUUGCUAUGGUGCAGCAGCAGCAGAUGCAUCAGCAGCAGCAACAACCGCAAGCAUACAGCAUGCUUCCUGCUGCAUCUCCUCCAACUACUGGGCACUCUGCAAUGGCCAUUGGGCCAUCAAACAGUCCCCUUAUGGAGGGUCCUAUGCCGUGCUCCACUUUUCUGCCUCGUCAUGACCGCAGAUUGGCUGUUGUAGACCGCUGGAACCGUCCCAAGCCCAGCACGGACAAACCUAUUGGUGGCAGCGGUGGGAUCCCAGACAUGGCACAGUUUCAACAGGGCUUGCCCCCUCAUUGGGCUGGGGGAGCCGGUGGAGGGGACGGGGGCCUGGAUGAAUACAAGCGAUACUAUGGCCCGAUCGAUCCAGAGGGCUUAGGGGCAAAUGCUGACCCACAAACAGGUGGCUCUCAGACCCCCAAAAUGAACCAGAGGGGAACAAAGUCCUCAGGAAUGCCACGGCUACCUUCUAAAGGACCGCCCCCUUGGCACUUCAUGUCCAAGCACCCUCUACCGCUCCCCUCACCCCCACAUCGGCCGCUAUUUUGGAGAAGAGGCAGCCUCCCUAAAAGAAAGGGCUCCGGGGGGCCUCUGUAUGAGAACAUCCUCCCCCUGGGGAGAAGAGGGGGAGGGCGGUACGGCGCAAGGGAUGGAGGUGGCAGGCGAAGCCGUCGCCCUCCCCCACUCCCUUUGCCUGUCCCUGUCUCGUCCCCUGCCCACACUACCCCUACCACUCCCUCUCACUCCGCCCUCUACACCUCGAGUUCCUGCUCCUCCACCUCAUCCAGUUCAUCUUCGUCCUCAUCCUCCGUCUCCCUCUCACGCUCCAACUCACCCUCAUCCUCCAACACCUCAUACACAUCGUCCCAGAGUUUUAAGUACAGGGCUGGCAGUAGAGAUGUCGAGGACAUCUAUGACUCUGAUGAGCUGACAGAGGAGUCUAGCCUCCUGCUAGUACGGAGAAAGGGCAAAUCCCGACGCAUGUCCUCUCGCUCACUGCCUUGCAGUCCACCCCCUCCGCCUGUGCCACCCCGCAAGCCUCGUCUACAGUAUGAGAGAGAGAGGGCAGGGAGCCAGCUAGCCCAGCUGCAGGAGUGGUGGGCCUCCUGGGGCGAGAGAGAAAGACGUAGAGGAACAGGAACCAGGGCUGAGGGGAAGGAGGAGAAACGGCAUCACAAAGAGAGCGAAAGGGAGAGAAAGAGGAGGAAGAAAGGGCGGAAGAAAAAAAAGAGAGAGGAGAAGGAGAGAGAACGGGAGCGCAAGCGGCGUAAAGUGAAGAAGAAGAGGAAGAAAGAGGAGAAGGUGAAGAGAAGAGACCGGGGCAAGCGAUCAGAGCACGAGGGAGAUGGUGAGCAGAGAGGGCACCUCAAAGCGAUAACGCAAGAGGCCUACUCUUCCUACCCUGCUCCGAGGCGUGACUCCAUGCGGAAAAAGAGUGAAAGUUCUAUCAGAAGUUACGGAUGGGAUAUUCCAAGGGAUGAAGAGAGGAGAGAGAGAGAGGAUAAGGAAAGAGAUGAUGGAGACGACACUAGAGGCAAGGAAAGGAACAGAAGUCCUCACUCUCGCCACAGGCAUGCAGAUAGGCCUUCAAGUUCCAGCAAGCAGUACCAGAGCUCCAGUAAACCCUCAACCUCUGUCAAAUUCUGGGGAGCGGGAAACCCAUCCUCAGAGACUCCUUCAUCUGCAUUUCUACCACUGAUCCCUUUCUCAUCCAGGCGCAGGAGUAAGGGUUCAGAUAGAGAGGCCCUAGGAAAAGAAGGGGAGAAGCGCCCCUUGUUGGGCAUGAACGAAAGAGUAGAGGUUCACUCCAAAGAAGGUCUGUCGUUUCAUGAGUGGGAUUCCGAAGAUGAGGAUGACGAUUCCAAGGAGCAAAGGAGAAAAGUGGAGCAAGAGACGAGACACGAAAGAAGAAGAAGGACCGCAUCAGAGUCCGAAAGGGAACGCGAUAAGGUUGUGGGCAUCUAUUCCGACGACGACGGCUCCUCGGGAGAAUUCGGAAAGUUCGAAAGGUACUGGGAUGGUCAUGAGGGUAGGGCAGUUGGGGGCAUAGGAGGGGGAGGUUGGUUUUUCGGCACUUAUCCCGCCAGAGAAAAAGCUGGCAGCAUAAACAGUAGGGAUGACUCGUUACUGAGGCAUGGGGAGGGAUGGGGGGGAGCAGGUGUAGCAGGGGAAGGUGGCUGGGGAUCAGGUGGAGCCUGGGGUUCAAGGAGGAUAGGUGGUACACAGUGGCCUCCACCUCCAUUGACACCACCAGCUCCUCGAAGAUACUGGUCCGUGGACAAGCUUCCCGUGAAGGAGGAGAAGAAAGGGAAAAGGAAGGACAAAGGGCGCGGUGAUGUGGCUUGCAACUGCCAAUCUGCCCUCGAGCAUCAACACGCUCACUCUAAAUGGGCCAAGGUGAGCUCUCGUAGCCAGGAGGAGCUAUUUCUACACUGUCAACGUUUCGGGAGCAGCUCCAAUUCCAAACGGCAUUCCUCCAAACCCGAUCGGACCCAGAAUCAACCCAAAUCGGGAAGCCAGUCCAACCUCAGCAUCCAGCGAACACAGCGGACGGACCGCAUUCGGCAGUCCUCUACAUCGCAAGCCCUCAUCCCUUCCCUCCCUCCACCAACACUCCCAGCCCUUCCUGCCCCUUCUUCUGCAUCCCAUCCCAUCCACGUUCCUCUUCCCACCUCAUCCUCUUCGGUCUCAUCUCCCUCUGUAGUAUCCUCCAUCCCAGGCGCCCCCCAGCCGUCUUCUAUGGCUUCUGCUAGUGCCAAACUCCUGUACCAGAGACUGCGCUCAGUGCCCCAGCCCCAAAGGUUACAGUCACCUCACCUGCCCCUCAAGUCCAAGAGCCUCUGCUCACGGAGGGGGUCCGCACACUUCUCCAGUGUGGAGAGUCAGGUGUGAGGCGAAUCAUAGACACCUACCUGGGUAGGAACCGCUGACCUAUUCAGAAACCUUGGGUCAUGACUGUGUGGCAACAGCAGUCCUGUAACUCAGCCCCCUACAACUCUUGCACAACCCCCAUUGUCCAGUGAGAGGGAGUGCACAGCAAUGUCAUGUUUACUGGGGCUCUCUUCAUUCCGGUCAGAGUAUCUGAAAGACUACAUGUGUUGUUGGUUCAAUGAAAUUGGUGUCCGAAGUGGGAUCUCAGAAAUGGGGCCAUCCUCCUGACACAGCGUGUCUUUGGGUCUUGAAGUGAAGUGGUUAUUAUUGUCAAAUUAUAUUUGCUCUUGAGGGCUCAGGUACUCAUUCAUAGACCUCCCUACUGAGGGCUCCAAUGCAGAAACAUUUUAUUUACAUCCCUUAACAUUAACCCCUAACUUUCCUUUAACUUUCACAGAACUGUGAAGUCUGGGGUCAUGUAUGUUCUAUAUUUCACUUUUAGGGAGAAUAGAAUAGCAGCUAUAGCCCUCUCUGUUUUCCCCAUUCACCCUCUCAAACUCAUAUUUGAUAUUCUGUGUGUCUGUGUUUUACUGUGUUUGUAUUCUUGACAACAGGGUAAGUCGACUGUGACUGAUCUUACACUGUGCCAAACUUCAGUGGAGCUUACAUACAAUGCUGUUUCAUUUAUACCACAGGUACUCCCCCAUUCAUGUCCCUCUUGAGCAAUACAUUACCUGCACACCAACAGUUCAUGCAUUUUAUAUUUUAAAAAGGUUAGUUUACUAUAUGUGUUAUUAUAAUAUGAGACAAAUGUAUUAAUUAUGACAAAAUGUAAGCACUGUGCUGUACUAUACUGGGUACAGGCGAAACGUUUUUCAACUACCUAACGUCAUUGGCAGCCUUUCCCCCCCAUAAGACAGAAUGUAGCCUUGACCUAGUCUGCUGCAACUAUGAAGACACUUUAAGAUUGUAGCAUUUUGGGGGGGGGCACCAUGUGGAAAACCAUUGGGUAAAUGCUAGAUGGAAUUGUCGGACAUGUGGCCGCACAGAUGGUCAGAAUGAAUUCUCUGUGUCCCAGUAAUGAUGUCAACAUGAUAGGUGCCUAAAAGAUGCUACCAGAGAUGCGUUUGUAAAUCUGUAAUCAAGAGCUAGCUUAUUUAUAGCAAUUUGACUGCAAAGCUGAUACCUGCAUAGUCAGAUGUACUUUCAAAUCAGCCCAUUAUCCACCCACCUUUAGCAUUAGCAUAAGCAACAGGAAGUUGAGUAGCGGAGAGUGAAUACUGUUACGACUUUUUGUGCAUGUUGUCAGUAACCCACAAGGCUAGUUCCAUCUUCUCCAUGUAGUCUGUUCGGCUCAUUCGUCUGUCUGCGACUGCAUCUGAGCCAUACUUCAGCUGAAGAAAAAAAGUGAACACAAAAUUGUGUCGUGUAAAGUUUUGUCUGCAUUUCUUUGAAUAUCUAGAUGUAUAUCACAUAUAUAUUUGUGGAGUUGGGUAGCAUUAGAUCAAUUAUUGUUCAGCAUCUUGAUAUGAGGAUAUUGUUUGUCAUUCCAGUGCCAUUUGAUAAGAUAUGAAGGAAAAAUUCACCCACAACUGGGAGUGCUCGCUGUUGCUAAUAGUAUAGUUUUUCAUUCUUAAAACCUGGCUAACCCAAGAGCUAUAGGAACACAAUGGAAGCAGUGCUUUGCUUGUUACAAUCAACAGCUUACAAGAAUCCAAUGACGAGGCUAACCGUGGGCGAAAUGUUACCUGCCAAGGUAUUUGUACCACAAAUUAAUUGAAAUAUCUGCCCCUUAUGUCUAUUUGUUGUGUUGAUGAGUGUCUGCAAUUGUAAAAUGUUCUUUUUUUUAAAAUAUAAAGUAUCGGUGAAUAUUUAUUUCAUCUCAAUAAUAGCAUAUCUAUAUAUAGUAAUAUAUUUCAAAGGUAAGAUAUUAUACGUUAAGUUUGUCUGCUAAAUUGAUAGUAUUAUCUAGGAAGCUGUAUUUUUGCCUGUCCUCAAAACCCAGUGAAAUCAGAGACCAGUACUUAACUAUGUUCUUACUGACCAUCAACCACGAUCAGUUAACAAUGAUAUUUGCGAUGUGACUGAGGUGUGUGUCUGACGACCGUGUCACUGUAGUAGUGUGAGUAUGGGCCUUGACUGUAACACGUUAUUAAUAACUAUUGGAUUAUAAGGUUUUUUACCAGGGCAUAGCCUGUCCAACAACAUGACCUUCUGGUGAGAUACUGGGGCCUGGAUUCCAACUGGACCAAUGUGUUGACGUGUACAGCGACUUCUUUACACACAAUAUAGCCUAGCCGGCAUCAAAAGGCUUUUUUGCAUCAUGCAGCAGUAUACUAUCCAUAGUGAGCCAUACCAGGACUGUGGUGUGUGCUUUCAUUCUGCAAAGCUGCAUCUGUCGUGCUGAACUAAACAAAAACACACUGUGUUCCUCCAUAAUAAUCCCCACUGUAGCGCCCCUUCCAGCGCUGUCUCUGUUCGCUAACCCUGCGCGGUUUUUACUCCACACUGUGUCCAGACGGACUUGCACUGCGUCACUGUGUGAGAAUCAAUGUGCCAUACUGGAGCAGAACACAGUGGUCAUGUUGGACUGCCGCACCACUGGAAAGACGAUACUGUGCUGUACUGCAAGCAGAACAGAAUAAAAAUAAUUUUCAUAUUAAAA